AUGAAUGUUAUCCUGCCGAAGCGCGUCCAGACGCGCGAUUGGGCAACGAAACCCGACCAAUCACUGAGUCGGGUGCGGAUGGAGCCCGAGCGUCCAAUUCGAAUCGUGGAAGGCCCUACAGGAGCGCCGGAGGAGCGCCGGCCGGUCCCGCCGCCAGAAGACGUACUCAAUUCGGCCGAACUGCCGAAAAAUCAACUGAGCCCAGAGGAGAUCGCACAGUUGAGACUUCGGGAAAUUCAACAGUUCAAGACGCGCUUCCCCAAAUCGGUGUCGGAGGCAGAGGGUACAUAUUCGUUCACCUUCUCGUCCACCGAUCCGGAUUGGGCGUUCGACGUUCGGAGUCUACGUUUGAAAGUGAAUUUCCCCCCGGAAUACCCAACGGUUCCACUGUCGAUCGUGGUGGUAAAUGACGAUGACGUUUUACCUCCCCUGUUGGUUCAAGAUGUGGACGAAGCCAUCCUCGAGUGGAUAAAGUUCUUCCAUAAGCCCGACCAGCUUUCAUUCAGACCAUUUUUGCGUUGGAUCGAUAGGAAUCUUCAGGAAAUCUUCGUUGAAAGCUUGAGAAAAAUCAAGAAGCUGCAGGAACGUCCAUUGGUUGUCUUCGUUGAUCAGGAGAACUUGAGUCCAUCUGCUGGUGGUGGCUGCUCAGCGAAUGAAUCGUCAGGUGUAGUCGAAGAUCAGGAGAAUCAAGAAGCAGUGGCGUGGCCAACGAAGGCUCUACCGAAGAAGCAGAAGCGACUCGAAGAGCUGGACGAUCUCUUCGAUGCUUCCGUAAAACCGAAGCCUGAAGUACAAAAAGUCGCGGGUCAUGGACCGCUGGGAUCGUCACAGCUGUCGAAGAUCUUCCACAACUACGACCCUCAUACCCCUCCUCGUCGAGGCAUUGAAGUCAAAUUCCGUCACGUGGAUUUCUCCGAGUCGGUGUCUUUCGUCGUGUGCGACCGAUUACUCGUAUCCGUGCAAUGCAAAAAGUGCAAGAAAAUCGCCGACUUCCAGUUGGUGCCCGGCAAACGCUCGGUUUCCCCGUGUGCGAAGUGUCAGACGAAACUGGAAGCGUGCUUCGGACCCGCGAUCCUCUUCCAAUUCAAUCCUCUUCUUGGCUACCUCGAGUUGAAGGAAUGCACAAUACGAGACGUCGCGCUGUCGAGAUGCCAUUUCUACGCGGACUGUCUGAACUGUACGAAAUUGAGUCCCUUGGAGGGAGUUCACUUAGGACAACGCGGAUCGUCGCACUGCCUCAGCUGCAAUGUCAAGAUGACCUUCGUCAUGGAUUCAUUCAAAUACAUGGACAUGUGCGCGAUCGAAGCCAACAUAAGAGCGACCAAUCUCAAGAAAGCCAACAAGGACAGUGCGAUCCAAUCCGGGAAACCGCUGCCUUCGAAUGGUGCCUGCAAACACUACAAAAAAAGUUUCCGUUGGUUUAGAUUCCCAUGCUGCGGCAAGGCAUACCCCUGCGAUGAUUGUCACGAUGUCGCCGAGGACCAUGAAGCUGAAUUCGCUUCCCGCAUGAUCUGCGGCUUCUGUGCAAAAGAACAACCAUUCUCCAACGAUAAGCCCUGCUCCCAGUGUUCCAAUAUGAUAACGGGACGCAGGACCGCUCACUGGGAAGGAGGAAAGGGCUGUCGCAGCCAACUGAAAAUGAGCUCGAAUGAUUCGAAGAAAUUCGCCGGUUUGAGCAAGACCGUUUCCCGCAAGUCCACCGUCAAAUCGAAAUGAGGAGGAAUGCUAUAGGGGUCAAAAGCUAGGAAGAUAUCUGAUGGAAAAUCGAAUAAACUAAAUUGGUGUCCUGGGCUUCGAU